ACUGGGCAGCACGGUCGUCGACUGGUUCAGCUAUAGAUUUCGCGGAAGAGCGAGCAGAGCAGAGCAGAGCAGAUCAGAGUUCCAGAUGCGACCGUAAAGCUUCGUUAAGGUCCUUCAGGUGCUUACCAUGCAGCCUCCUGUCUGCAUCUUGUUCCUUUUGAUCUCGUGCUUCCAUCUCUCCUCCUCCACCCGCACUUUUGAUGCCAUAUUCAACUUCGGAGACUCGCUCACCGACACCGGCAACUUUCUUAUUGCUAACGCCAAUGCCUUCCCCGCUCCAAAUAUCGGCAAUACUCCUUAUGGCAUGACCUUCUUCGGCCACCCGACGGGCCGCUGCUCCGACGGCCGCCUGAUCAUCGAUUUCUUUGCCGAGGCUUUCGGACUUCCGCUGCUCCCGCCAUUCCUGUCGCGAAACCAGAGCUUCGCCAGAGGAGUAAACUUCGCUGUCACUGGUGCCACGGCACUCGACGUGUCCUUCUUCGAACAGAGAGGACUCGGAGGGAUGCUUGGGACGAACUUGUCACUGAACGUCCAGCUUGGGUGGUUCGAGCAGCUGAUUCCUUCCCUCUGCAACACGACUGAAGACUGCAGGAAGCUCUUCAACAAAUAUCUCUUCCUGGUUGGGGAGAUCGGGGGCAACGACUACCUGGUUCCUCUGACCUUCCACCGACUGACCGAGGAGCAGGUGACCGCGUACGUGCCCACGGUCGUCGAAGCAAUCAACAAUGCCACCGAGAGAUUGAUCGAGCUCGGGGCCGUGAACCUGGUGGUUCCGGGGAACCCACCAAGCGGGUGCUUCUCGGGCAUCCUCACCAUGUUGAACGGCACCAGCAAGCGGGAUUUCGAGCACGACACCGGAUGCUUGAAGAAAGCUAACGAUCUCCUCAAGUAUCACAAUCGAUUGCUCCGCGAGGAAGUGGUGAGGCUCAGGAGGAAGUACCCUCAUGUGAGGAUUAGCUAUGCCGACUUCUACAAGCCCAUCAUCCGUUUCGCUCGCUCCCCCGGCAAGUUCGGAUUUAGCUAUCCAUCUCUAAAAGCUUGCUGUGGCGGGGGUGGGCCUUACAACUUCAACAUCCAAGCCUUGUGCGGGCUACCGGGAUCGAGCGCCUGUGCCAAUCCCUCGGCCGCCAUGAAUUGGGAUGGUUGGCACGCCACCGAAGCUUCCUAUCGACAAAUCGCAGCCUCUUGGUUGCACGGACCCUACGCGCACCCGCCCAUCAUGAGCCUAAUGAAGGAUUAACGGGUGAGACGCAGCAAGCGAAACCUAUCCAAGAACUAGUUGCAUGGGCAACUCGGAUCUCAUCUAUUUACCAUUUGAUCUCUGGAAUCGUUUCAUCCGUUUUCCUCCGGUGAUCUUAUGUACCAUGUAAGCCUCACUGUCUGCAAGUACUUUGCUUGAUCUUAUGACAAAAUCUAAUCUUUCUUUAAAUAAUCAACAUCACGAAGGAUUUAGCUACAAAAAACAAAGAUUUCAAAUUCACCCUCUAGCAUACGUCAUCAGUGACCAUUAAGUGCACAGGAUCCAUAUUGCAUCAAAUUUCAUAACCUGCAUACGCGUAGCCAUUAUUACAUGAGGAAAAGUGUGCGAUUGAAGGUCAAAGCUGACUAGCCUAAGGGUAGAAACAGAUACUGGGAUCACUCAAAUAAAAUUAAGUAUCGAUGAGGAUAGUAAUUAUGAUAAGACUCGACUGAUGUCACAUGAUACCUCACGAAACAGCACCUGAUCAAUACAGAUCGGAACACCGACCGAGGCACAUUAACAUCCUGCCAAAGCUUAAUUCUUCACGCCACGCCAACACAAAGUCAGACACUACCAGCCUGCCCCCUGCAAGCGGGCAGCUCAGGAAGUAGUAUGCUUCCCUAUAAAUACCCCCUCGUUCAUUAGAAAAGGGGGGGGGGGGGACAAACACACAAAAACACUUCUUCAUCUGAAACCCCCUCCAUAUCUGCUAACUUGAUUGUCGGAGGGGUCGGGCCGAGCGCCUCGGCCCGACCUUUGUGCAGGUGCGAAGCCGAAGGUCCCCUCCGGACGCGCAGGCAAGGAGUUUCUGCCCGGAGGAGACGGCUACACCGUCCCGAUUGGACACCGCACUCGACCGUCUCAGCAGGCUCGAGGAACUCCCCAGGGAGAUCCCCGUCGUCCGGAUCCGAAUCGAGCCGCGUCGGCCCCGAGGCCACGGCUCAAAGUUGUUUCCCACAACACAUAUAACUUUGAAUUUUUUUGUAUCAAAGAAAACUCGCCAUGCUCACCAACACAAGAUUGUUGUGCCUCAUCUCUCAAUUGACAUGUAGAUCUGCAACUAAAAUCAAAUUUCGUUCUUCUGGUUAUAGUCA